AUGACGACAACAAAAACCAGGUUCCACAACAAUAUAGAAAACACGGGCCAAGUAAUUGUCAGCCCUCAUCCCACAAGCUCAUCAAACCCAAGAAGGACAGCCAGCCGACUUGCACACAUCAUGGAUGACAUACUUAGUCAAGAGGACCAUUUCGAUGCUGCCAGUCCAUCCCACCUUCCCCUUGGCCUUGAGGAUGACGCCGGGCCUCUUCGAGUUGACCGUCUUGUAAACCUCCCUGAAGGUGGUUUUAGGUUAGAGAACUUGGGCCAGCUGCACAGAGUGCCGGUCCCCAACAUGCAGCGUCUCGAGUUUGUGUUGGCGGGGCUUCUGAACCAGUGGGACGAGGAGUCGAUGCGCACGCUGCUUGCGGAAAUUGACGUGCUGGAAGGGGAUGGCCAGCCGGAGGAGGUCCGCUCGCGCGUGCGGCGCCUGCGCCAGGAGCUCCUGGCCCCGCUCGCUGACACCAUCAUCAGCCAGCGUGACAUCAUCGCCAUCCAGCACCGCAGCUCGGUAGAGCGCGAGCGCCGCGUGUGCGAGGCCAUGCUGGCACUGCAGAGCGAACGGGACGCCGCCAUCUGGCGCAUCCAGGAGCAGAUGCAGCCCGAGGUGGCGGCACUUGUGGCCGAGGUGGAGAACAUGGCGGCGCAGGCGCAGGAGAUGCAGGACUCCCUCCACGAGAACGAAUCCACCCGCCUCCAGCAGGAGGCCCUGCUGGCGCUGCUCUUGGAGGAGAAGGAGCGCCUCCUCGAGCGGAUCGCCACUGAGGGCCCCCGCGCCGCGCUCCACUGGGCCCGAAACGAGGCCUCGGCACGCGCCGCCCGGGGGGAAGCGCUCCCCGAGUACUGCGAGCGGCUGCUGAGCGACGCGUCGAGCUCCGAUUACGAUGAAGAGGAGCGGAAGUCCAAGAAGCGGCGGGUGGCGUCGCCGCGGCGGGGGGGGCCGGACGGGAAGACGCUCGUAAUGCUGGAGCCGAUGUCGUGCAUCGUGCCGCUAGGUUUCGAGGAUUCGAAGCGGAAGAAGAACGGUCUUGGACAAUUGCUGACUGAGCUCCUCGGCAUACGUCCGGAUGGGGUCCUCGCAUACACGUUAGAGGCCGCUGUGGAGGAAGUUUGGCAGUGUUUGGAGCGGAUGUACGAAAAGGGCUUGCCGGCUGGGUUCGUCUGUGCCCCUUACAUCCUAUACCAAGGUUCGAGCUCGCUUCUCCAUCGUUUGCUAAGGCGGUUGUGCUAUUCUGCGCUCGUGACCGCUAAGAAACAAGGUGGCUUCGCUUUCCAACUCCUUUAGGCGGUGAUGAUCAAGCAUUCGCUGAACUAUUUGCAUAAGGUGUUCCUCUUGAAAUGGUCACACGUUUGUUAGCAUUGGCAGAAACAAAAUUAAGUUUGUAUAUUGUUGCUAGGGUUACAUCUGCCAGGCCUGAGGAGGACGACAGUGUUCGAGAAUACUAUUGCACUGUAAGCGGAAAGGUAUAAGAAUCCGAAUGCAAGGUCCACGUGCAAAUUUUGGUCCGGUCCACAGUGGACUUCGGAAUGCACGGCCAUUUUGACGGAACAAUCAUUUGAUUGGAGUAUAUGAUGUUUGGCAAACCGUUGCCAAUCCAUUACGUACUUAUAUAUGAUACUAAGAG